AUGCAGCUACCUGAUCAAUACAAGUAUGGAGAAGCUGGUUUAAUUGAAAUGUUAUUGAUUUUAUAUUACAGCGAAAUAUUUCGCGGCACGGAAUCUGAUGUUGCUGUCCUAACGGGAUCUGUUGUUCAGCUGAAAUUAUCAUGCGCUGGAUUUGCCCCCGAUGAGCAUUGCCUUUCCUUCCGUGUCAUCGGCAUAUCGGGCGCAAACCCUUAUGUGCCAAUGUCGUCAAACACUAGAGCAGAGUUACUGUUCAUUCUAGUAUUAGCCUUCCUCUUGGCCUUCACUAUCAUCGGCUCAUUCGUUGUCUGGCAUCUAUGUUGGAGAAUCAAGAAGCGGCAGUUAAUUUCUGAUAUUCAGAUGCAGUUCCUUUACCAUUUACAACAACAGCAGGAGCUGCAGAAGGUGGCUGCAGCACACGCUUCAGCGAACGAAAUGGGACCAUGUGAGUUUAAAACAUCUUUGGAUCGAGUUCCAAAGAGGCGAUUGUAUUUCAGCUCAGAAUAUCUUGACGAGGCAAUGAUGGCCAAUCCUCCUCCCGUUGCUGAACAGUUUCUCAUUGAUCUUCGCAGAGUUAUAGAGGUUGCUCGAGAACGAAUCAGAAUGAGACGAUUUGUCCCAAUGCUUAUCACAAUCCCUGAGGACCAUGAAGAGAAUCGAAUUUCCGUGGUCCAGGAGAGUGAGCCUGAGCAAACCGCGCAACAUGCGGCUAAUCAGCAGCAAGAAUCGCCAAAGAGUGACAAGUCCGUUGAUAGUGGACGAGAGUCCCACUCAUCGGAGUCGGAUGACUCAAGCAAAGAGGACGAUAAGGAGGUGCAGGAAAGCGAGAAGACUGAAGAGAAAGAUGUUGAGCGAAUGGGAAGUGUGCGAAACAUUGUCAACGGUAAAACUUCAGCUUAUCAAUUGUAUCGCUUUCAUAAUUGGAAUUAUUGA